CAUACAACUUAACGCGUUACACUUGUCGCUUCCGGUGCUUGUUUGGCUGGCAGUUUGAAACCAGGUCGCUGGCUGUAUAAAGCAUACUUUCAAUGCUCAAAUGGCAGGUUUAUUAAAUAUGGAUACACGCUGUGGAACAAGACGUGUCGUCUAGAGUGUACUACGGGAUCAGCUUCACUGUCUUGCCACCGUACUAUGUUCAAAAAGAUGACUGAAUUCGGUCCAGAUUCCGGGGGGCGAGUUAAGGGAGUAACCAUUGUGAAGCCCAUCGUGUUUGGGAACGUUGCCCGCUACUUUGGGAAAAAGAGAGAGGAGGAUGGACACACACAUCAGUGGUCUGUCUACGUGAAGCCUUACAGAAAUGAGGUUGAAGGUGUCUUCUUAUGUAAAUACAUAACAUUGUUCCUCCAGGAUAUGUCCGCUUAUGUGAAGAAGAUCCAGUUCAAGCUACAUGAGAGCUAUGGUAACCCACUGAGAGUGGUGACUAAGCCUCCAUAUGAGAUUACGGAGACGGGCUGGGGGGAGUUUGAGAUCAUCGUCAAGAUCUUCUUCAUUGACCCCAAUGAGAGACCUGUGACUCUAUACCAUCUGUUGAAGUUGUUCCAGUCAGACUCCAGUGCCAUGCCUAAGAAGACAGUUGUCUCUGAAUUCUAUGAUGAAAUGAUCUUCCAGGAUCCCACAGCCAUGAUGCAGCAGCUACUGACCACAUCAAGACAACUCACCCUGGGAGCAUACAAGCAUGAGACAGAGUUCAGUGAGCUGGAGCAGAGGACCAAGGAGAAAAUGGAAGCAGCAAAGAAGAGAACCAGCCAGGAGAUCACAGAGCUGAAAGACAAACUAAAAGCCAGCAGAGAGAACAUCAACCACCUGAAGGCAGAGAUCAGGAAACUGGAGGAGGACGGAGACCACAAGGAGCACUGAGAAAUGGACAAACACAUCUCACGCACACACACACAAUUGUUCAGUAGGGAACAACCUGCAUGUUUUGUGUUCUGACCACAUAACUGAUUAAAAAACAAGGCAUUGUUGUGACAUAUUUUGUGAUUACACAAGAUAGUUUUGUGUGGGUUUUUUUUUUUUUCACACGAACACUCAGUAUUACACGGCCCAGAGAAGACAUAAGAAUGAUUUUCAAAAAUUGUGUGUUCUCCAUAGUAUAGUAUAUAACUGAAGUGAACCUGAGCAGAGAUCUGAUGAGCCAGAAUCAGUGAAGCAUCCCCAUAAUAUUCACACCUACCUGUAGAGAUAUCCACAUUUGUGUGGACAGUUUUGAAUCUGAAUAGCUCCAUUGUUGUUUUUUUUACUGAUCUUAUGGUUUUCUAUAUAAAGUAAAUGUGUUAACAGUAUUGCAUGUAUCUGUUUCUUCUGCUGUAACCAUUUGGGUUUGAUGUGGGUCGAUUCAUAAAACAUUUCAAUCUGUG